AGGGUGGCGUGGGGAAGCGGUACAUCCCGUCGUUAGCGCAGCACACGGUGUCACCACGCGUAGUUUUCCUACAGCUUCACUCCCGGUCACCACACCUCUGCGGAAUGGCCUCCCUCGACCGCGCCACCGAAGCCGAAGGCUAUGUUCCCACCGCCGCUCCGGGUUUCUACCGACCGUCCACCACGCUCCCCAUAACCGCCCACAAGCGCGCGCUCAUCUACGCGAUCACCACGUACCCGGUCACGAUCCUGAUUGGCGAGACGGGCUCGGGCAAGACCACACAGCUGCCGCAGUUCCUACACAGUUUGGGCGGGUUCACGAAGGACGGGAAGAUAGUGGCGUGUACGCAGCCGCGGCGGGUGGCUGCCACUUCUGUCGCCGUCCGGGUGGCCGAGGAGAUGGGCGUCAAGGUUGGAGAUGAGGUGGGCUAUUCGAUUCGCUUUGAAGACAUGACGGGCCCUACCACGAAGAUCAAGUACAUGACCGACGGCAUGCUCCUGCGCGAGGCCCUGGUCGAUCCGCUGCUGAGUCGGUACUCGGUUGUUAUGGUGGACGAGGCGCAUGAGCGCUCGCUGGCGACAGAUGUGCUGCUGGGCGUGCUGAAGAAGGUCCGGAGGAGGAGGAAGGAUCUUAGAUUGGUCAUUUCGUCGGCGACGCUACAGGCGGAGGAGUUUUUGAGGUUUUUUACGGAUGGAGAGGGGGAGAGUGAGGUUGCGACGAUUGUGGGGAUUGAGGGAAGGUGCUAUCCGGUCGAUUGUUUGUACCUGGAGGAACCGACGGAGGAUUAUGUGGAGAAGUCGGUACAGACGGUUUUUGAUAUACAUCUCAAGGAAGGCGAGGGAGAUAUUUUGGUAUUCCUUACGGGCCGAGAAGAAAUCGAACGGACAGUCCGUACCAUCGCCGAGCGCUCCUCGGAACUACAUCCACGCGCGCCACAGCUCCUCCCACUCCCACUAUUCGCCGGUCUCUCCAACGAUGCACAGCUGGCGGUCUUUGACGCCGCCCCCGAGAACUACCGCAAAGUGAUCGUUAGCACAAACAUCGCCGAAGCAUCCGUGACUAUCGAUGGUAUUGCCUUCGUAGUAGAUAGCGGCUUCGUCAAGCUACGCGCCUACAAUCCCCACACCGGCAUCGAGACACUCACCGCCGUACCCAUCUCGAAAGCCUCCGCAACACAACGCGCGGGCCGUGCAGGCCGUACCCGUCCCGGAAAGUGCUUCCGCCUCUACACAGAAAAAGUGCACAACAUCGUCCUCCCGGAUGCUAGCAUCCCUGAGGUACAACGUAGCAACCUCGCGCCGACUAUUCUCCAGCUCAAAGCUCUGGGCAUCGAUAAUGUCGCUAGCUUUGGCUUCGUCACCCCACCCCCCGCCGAACUAAUGGUCCGCGCUUUGGAGCUCCUAUACUCCCUCGGCGCCUUGGACGACUAUGCACGUCUCACCAAGCCCCUCGGUGUCCGCAUGGCCGAGCUCCCCGUGGACCCCAUGCUCUCGCGUAUCCUCCUGGCCUCCGUCGAAAUGGGCUGUUUCGCGCAGAUCCUGAGCAUCGCCGCCAUGACGACGGUGCAAAACGUCUUCAUCGCGCACAACUCCGACAGUAAUAGUAAAAACGUGUCGGAAAGCAAAAAGCGUCUCUUCGCCGUCGAGGAGGGCGACCACCUCACUCUGUUAAACGUCUACACCGCAUUCACCACUCGCGGGCAGAAAGCCGCCAAGUGGUGCCACGAGCACUACCUCAACUUCAAAGCCCUCACCCGUGCAGUGUCGGUGCGCGGACAACUAUACCGUUAUCUCCUCCGGUUCUAUCCAGACCUCGCGUCGCGAAACUGCGAUGCCGCGACAGAAGUCGAGAUUCGGAAGUGUCUGGUAACGGGGUACUUUGCGCAUGCAGCAAGGAUGCGGCCCGAUGGGACGUUCAGGAUCGCGGGGCAGGAAGAUGGUGAGGUGCUUUGGGCUCAUCCUACUAGUGUCAUGUUCAAUCGUAAGGUGGACUGGGUCGUGUUUCAUGAGGUCGUCGAGACUGGGAAGAAAACGUUCAUUAGAGAUAUCACCAGUGUCGAGAAGAAGUGGCUGCUGGAGGGCGCGCCGGAGUAUUACCGUGUUAGGGAGGGGAGGGGCGUAUAGUAGUGGUAGUGGACCUGGAGGUUGGGGCGCACAUGAAGAUUACUUGAGGACAUUGUGUCUCACUCGCAUGAAUAGAUGAG